AGCCCGGGAAUCCCAAUGGGGGGCACGGAAUCAGUAGCAGGUGGUCAAACCGUUAUCACUGCUGUCCAGACCCAUGUAUGGUUUAGGAGAUUUAUGACAGAAUGCCCAUCUGGACUGCAAACACUGCAUGAGUUUAAGGCGCUUCUGGGUCUGCAAGGCCUGAAUCAAAGGGCGAAUCAAUAUGUUGACCAACUGUUUAAUAUUUUUGACAAGAACAAGGAUGGAUUUAUCGACUUUUUAGAGUUUAUUGCCGCCGUAAAUUUGGUCAUACAAGGGAAAAUGGACCAGAAAUUGAAGUGGUAUUUUAAGCUCUAUGAUGCUGACGGAAAUGGAUCUAUUGACAGAAAGGAACUACUGAACAUUUUCGUGGCAAUACAAGCCAUCAAUGGCCAACACACCCUGAAUGCUCAGGAAUUCACCAACUUGGUAUUUGAAAGGAUUGAUGUAAAUAAUGAUGGAGAGCUGACUUUAGAGGAAUUCAUCAGUGGCUUAGAAAAAGACCCAAAUCUUUUGGAGAUGAUUACCAAGAGUUUUGACCUCUCCCAUGUGCUGAAAGUAAUUCAGAGUAAGAGGAAGCAAGACACCUGA